CACGGCCUCCCUCCACUUUUUUCUGCUCUGCGCUGCCUCUCGAUGAAUGUACUCUCAGCCUCGCCAUAGCAAACGUCUCCCCACAUAACCACCACCACAAUCCAUCGUCACCUUUGACCACCUAACGCGCCGUCACACCGAUUGGUUCCCACCCCGCGCUCCUCCGUCACCAAACACCCCCCCUCUUCUCUCCUCAACGGCCUCAACUUGACGGAAGGAAUCCUCUCACCCAAGAAAAAAGCACCACACACAGCUCGCCAAGAUGGCCGACGUGGAAAUGGAAGUCGACAACCCCCCCUCCCCCUCCGUCGCGGCCGGCGAGGCGGCCCCGGCCCGCAACGAGUCCGAGAUGCAGACCCACGGCCGCGCGACCGCCGUCCGCUCCAUCGAGGGCUGGAUCAUCAUGGUGACCAACGUCCACGAGGAGGCCGACGAGGAGGCCAUCCACGACAUGUUUGGCGAGUUUGGCGAGAUCAAGAACCUGCAUCUCAAUCUCGACCGGAGGAGCGGUUACGUCAAGGGCUACGCUCUCAUCGAGUACGCCACCCUCGCCGAGGCCCGCGCCGCCAUCGACUCGGCCCACGAGACCAAGCUCCUCGACCAGACCGUCUACGUCGACUUCGCCUUCGUGCGCCCCCCGCCGGGGAGCAAGGGCGGCAACAACCGCGGCGCGCGACCCCAGAACCGCGGCCGCGGCCGCAGCCGCAGCCGCAGCCGCAGCGUCGACAGGGACGCCGUCGCCGCCGCCAAGGACGGAGGCAACAUCGAAUGAGCUUGCGCUUUUCUCUAGGAAGGGGGCAGGGAGUUUUUUUUUCUUUCUUUUCUUCUUGGGAA